AUGGAUGGCGACGGCCAGAACUUCAGGAAUCAUGAUCCACCCAUUUAUCCUUCGAGAUUUGGAAUGGGCCGGCGCGCAGUUUCCAGACAGCCUAGUGGUGGUGCUACGGAUCGUUUCAGACAGACUGGUGCUCUACCCUCAGCACGUGGUGAUGCUACCAUGCUGUCGCAAGCAACGGGAAGCGUUCAGAUGCCAUCUUCGUACGUGGGCUAUGGAUACACAGACACGUCUUUCCCGGCGGGCACCCAGCUGCAACCAUACCCCCAAGGACAGAACUCGCAACCGCAGCAACAGCAACCGACAUUCAGCGACUACGAGCAAGAGGUAGUCUAUAGCAUACAACAACAGGGUCCACCACACGACUCCUUCUCGCUCGUUCCACAGUAUCCCGCACGGCAGCCCACAGCAACGAUCGAAGCGUUAUCGAGCCAAUUUGCCGUUCCACAGUACUUUCCGGCAGGGGAACCGACGGAAACCGGUGUUGGUGGUCUGGUUUCGCCUUACUUGAAUACACAAUUCCCUCCCGCUACUCAUUCCCCACCAGGUCCCGUUGGACACGCCAGCGCAUCGGCACAGCCCUUUCCUACAACUAUGGCGGACUUAACGAAUCCUUUGGGGGCAGCAGCAGGGCAGCAGCAGCAGCAGCAGCAACAACAACAACAACAACAACAACAACCGCCACCACCACAACAACCGCAACAAGCACAGACACAGCCGCAGCAAUCAGCCGCAAAUCCAACGACAGCGACAUCACAUCUGGAGGAUGCUUAUUCGCAGUACCAACGAGCCAUACGAGUGACGCUAGACCACAGUCGCGCGGGAAGCCUGGUGGAAGCUGGUCAAUCAAUUUUGGAAAUCUCCGAGUGGAUAUUAACCAAUGCGGAACAGCUCGGAAUCUUCCGUGACGAUGUCCAAAUCUACCCGUAUCAAAUGCGCCUCUGGAACGACUUUAACAUCUGCUGGCUAUCCGUCUGCCAGAUGCAAAAGGACCUGACUCAGGAGAUUAUACAGGGUGGUCAACAGCGGCCCCAUGUCAGCCUCAUUAGCGCGGAAUAUCUGGAGCAUAUGGGGAAGCAGCUGAUCCGCCUUUGCGACCAAGUGGAGGAGCAUGGGCUAGUGGAUUACCAGAUUGGGUUUUGGGAGGAGGAAAUCCUUAGUGCUUUGUCCCAAUGUCUCGAUCUCAUGGAAAGCAGACCGGAGAUUUGGCGCACUCGUCCGAUGGCACCUCCUGUGACAGCGGCAUCGCGAUCGUGA